AUGUGCCUCACUCCCUCUCAUCGCCUUCGCGCACUCCCCUCCCGUCGCCUUCGCGCACUCUCUCCCGUCGCCUUCGCGCACUCCCCUCCCGUCGCCUUCGCGGACUCCCCUCCCGUCGCCAUCGCGCACUCGUCUCCCGUCGCCUUCGCGCACUUCCCUCCCGUCGCCUUCGCGCACUCCCCUCCCGUCGCCUUCGUGCACUUCCCUCCCGCCGCCUUCGCGCACACCCGUCCCGUCGCCUUCGCGCACACCCGUCCCGUCGCCUUCGCGCACUCCCCUCCCGUCGCCUUCGCGCACUCCCCUCCCGUCGCCUUCGCGCACUCCCCUCCAAAGAGGAUGAUCACUCCCUCCCGUCGCCCACGCUUCCUUCCUGACGCACGAUCACGCUCCCUCCCCUCCCGUCGCCUUCGCGCGACGCCUCUUUCGCCCCUCCUCACUCUCUUCCGUCGCCCACACUCCCUCCCCUCUAACGAGAAUGGGGACUCCCCGCUCCUUGCAACUCCCCUUCCUCCUGCUACGCCACACCCCACACUCUCGUCUCCCCAUCCCUCAUCUCCCCUUCCCUCGUCUCCCCAUCCCUCGUCUCCCCACCCCUCAUCUCCCCAUCCCUCAUCUCCCCUUCCCUCAUCUCUCCAUCCCUCGUCUCCCCAUGCCUCACCUCCCCAUCGCUCAUCUCCCCAUCCCUCAUCUCCGCAUCCCUCAUCUCCCCAUCCUGCAUAUCCCCAUCCCUCAUCUCCCCUUCCCUCACCUCCCCGUCCCUCAUCUCCCCAUCCCGCAUCUCCCCAUCCCGCAUCUCCCCAUCCCUCAUCUCCCCAUCCCUCAUCUCCCCAUCCAUCAUCUCCCCAUCCCUCACCUCCCCAUCUCUCACCUCCCCAUCCCUCAUCUCCCCAUGCCUCACCUCUCCAUCGCUCAUCCAUCCAUCCCUCAUCUCCCCAUGCCUCACCCCAUCUCCGCCGCACCCCGUGGCAUCGUCACACGUCGCCAUUUCCCACCUCUUCCUACUUCCCAUCCCCCUCUUCCGCCCUUCCUACCCCCUUCUCUCAAUCCCUUCCUCUCGCCCUGCCAUCCUACUUCCCAUCCCCCUUUCCUCGUUUCCCCAGACCUCCUUUCCCCAUCCCGUCAUUCCCUCUCCCUCCGUUCCCCAUCCUUCCAUUCCCUCUCCCUCCGUUCCCCAUCCUUCCAUUCCCCAUGCCUACUUUCACCAUUUCACCAUACCCCAUUCACCAUACUCCUAACCCCAUCUCCUCCUCACCCCAUCUCCUCCUAUACACAUCCGCUUCUUUCCCCUUCCCUCGUCACCGCGUCCCCUCCUCUCCCCAUCCCCUCCUCUCACCAUCCCCUCUUCUCCCCACCCCCUCCCGUCCUCUCCCCAUCCGCCCAUCCCACCUCACCACUUCCCUCCUCUUCCCAUCCAUCCUCUCCUCAUCCCUCCCCAUCCGUCCUUUCCCCAUCCGAUCCUCUCACCCUCCCCUCCAGGUGUUUCCCACACCGCCCUCGGCCCAGCGGCACCUCUUCAUCCCCUGUGCUUUUCUGCACCAGGGAGCUGCUUGGGGCGCUGUGGGCGGAUGGCGUUGUCAUUCUUUUGUAUGCUUACCGGCUGGAAUGUUGGUUGUUUGA